UGCCACGGUAGGGGCGGGGCCAACGAGAAGGUCGAUCAUCUGGAGAAGAAACCUGUGACAGACUCAAAGAUGGCGAGAGGCGCUCCGAACCUGAGAAAAGUCGCGGAGUGUGUUAAGCGGCUGCCGUCUGCGUCCAGUCGGGACGUCCACUCCAGAAACAACAUCAGGUACCUGUCCUCAUGCGGGGUCCUGAUGAGCCGCCAGCCACCUCUGCUGGGCGCCGCCGCCACACCCGUGUGCCGUGGCGUGGUCCUGCCCACCCGCGCUUUCUUCAACCUGGCUGACGCCUUUUCCAAGAGGAGGGAGUACUCGGAGAGACGCGUCAUUGGAUAUUCCAUGCAGGAGAUGUAUGGAGUGGUGGCGGAAGUGGAGAACUACCGCCUCUUCGUUCCCUGGUGCAAGAAGUCCGACGUGAUCUUCAAGCGCAGCGGCUUCUGCAAGGCCAAGCUGACGGUGGGCUUCCCUCCCGUGGUGGAGAACUACACCUCGCUGGUGACCACCGUGCGCCCCCACCUGGUCAAGGCUUCCUGCUCGGACGGCAAGCUGUUCAACCACCUGGAGACCGUUUGGCGCUUCAGCCCGGGCCUGCCUGGGUACCCCCGGACUUGCACCGUGGACUUUGCCAUCUCCUUCGAGUUCCGUUCGCUCAUCCACUCGCAGCUGGCCCACGUCUUCUUCGACGAGGUGGUCAAGCAGAUGGUGUCGGCGUUCGAGCGCCAGGCCUCCAAGACCCACGGCGCCGAGACACAGAUCCCCCGCGAGCUCAUGUUCCACGAAGUGCACCACACGUAGCGUCGCACGCGCGCGCGUGCGUGUGUGUGUGUGCGUGCGCGCUCACAUGAAAAGCGAAAGGCACGCAGUCUACCUGAAAUCAGCAGCGUGCCUUUUUUGUUCCUGACAGGAUUCUUUUUGAACGCUCAUGUUACAAGCCCCUCCCACUGGAGGUCAGAGGUCAGCCUCAGGCCGACAAAGGAGUUAGUGCAGAUGGCGCUAACACUUGGGGAACACUUUUAUUCUCAUUUCGACUCCUGCAGCACACUAUGCUGGCCCAGCGCCGCACACACGACGUCUUUGUACAGUAAAUAUUUAGUUUGUGUGCAAUAUAAUACCUUUUCUUUAACUAGUACUUGCUGCUGGGUCAAAGGUCACAAAACCAUGUCAGCCAGCACAAUUCCGCCUCGCAUAUUUAUCGUUACUCGUACGGAAACCUCGCUCACGUGUAUAUUGUGUAAAUAUGACGACAAUAUCAAGGAUGAGCUGCUUAAAAUCUGAUUUUUGUUGGAGAAAAAUAUUUUGUUGUUGUUGACUGAUUUCAAGAAAAGAAAAAAAUGUACUGACUGCAUGAUGUAUAAAAUAGUUUUUUUUCUAAAAA